CCGUUCGCUCAUCACAUGAAAGCUGUGACGGGUUGUGAAAAGAACAAAAAGCGGGAAAGGAUGUUUGUUUCCGCAGUUUGUGGCUGAUGAGACCAUCAAAGCUGAGAGUGCAAACAGAGUCUGUUUGUCAAAUAAAACAUAACCCACUUCAAAUCUAAAAAUAAUAAUUAUCUUCUUUAUACACUUACAUGUUAAUUUAGUGAUGCAGUUUAUCUGUAUGUACUGAUAAUAUGAGUCCAAACUGUUAACACAGAUUCAGUGUUGACAUCAGUCGUUGCUGUAUGAGUCAUAGUGGUGACACCGAUAUUAGAGUUGAGACCAACACGCUCUCCUUUCAAAACACAUGCUGCCCUUUAUCAGAGCCUUCAUCUGUUUAUUCAGCGUAGAUGCCAGCUGUAGUGAGGGUUAAUCCUAAUCCACUUUGCAUCUUGUUUUGAUUAAGGGAUCCGAGGUGCUUGGCUCUCGCGUUCAGGUGGUGGCUGAGAAAGCGUUUUCAGCUCUAAAGCCACUGCUGCGUGCUGCCGCUGCCGCUGCUGCGUCUGGGAAAUGGAAACGUCUGAGAGAUAAACUAAUGUUGAAGGAGUGAAGGGAGUUACUGAGAGAAAGGUUGAUGUGACCAGUGAAAACAGCAGAGGGUCAUGGGAUGCAGCAUGGGAAAGAAAGAAGUGCAGCCAAAGAAAUGUGACAGAGUGAGCAUUUCAGUCCCAGCUGCCACCGCGAUCAGAGCGGCUCUGUUGAUCCAGCGCUGGUACCGACAGUACGUCGCCCGGCUGGAGAUGAGGCGCAGGUACACGUGGAACAUCUUCCAGUCCAUUGAAUAUGCAGGAGAGCAAGAUCAGAUCAAGCUGUACAAUUUCUUUGGCUUCCUGAUGGACCACUUCACCCCGGCCAGCAGUGAAAGAAACCUAAUAUCUCACAUCUUUCGUGAGAACGAAAUCUGCCGCGACGUGGAGUGGGAAAGAUAUUUCUGCUACAAGAGCAUCGAGGUCCCCGAAAGCUACGCCGGCCCCCACCUCACCUUCCCCUUGACCUUCUGUGGGGUGUCGAAGCUGGUGGAGGCUUUUAAGCACAAACAACAGCUCCAUGCUCGAUAUGUUCUGCAGAUUCUUGGAGAGACUUGGAGAGUUCUAAGAAUUCUUCCAAACAUCAAUCACGUCUCUGUGUGCCACACCAAGGAGAUUACAAUAUGCGGAGACUUGCAUGGGAGCCUCGAAGAUCUGCUGCUGAUAUUCUACAAGAACGGGUUGCCUUCGUCUGAGAAACCGUACGUCUUCAACGGGGACUUUGUGGAUCGCGGUAAAAGCUCACUGGAGAUUCUGCUCAUCCUGUUUGGGUUCCUGCUGGUCUACCCCAACGACGUCCACCUGAACAGAGGCAACCAUGAGGACCACAUUGUUAACCUGAGAUAUGGUUUCACUAAAGAAGUUUUGGGAAAAUACAAGGUGCACGGCAAGAAGAUCCUAAAACUUCUCCAAAAGAUUUUCAGCUGGCUGCCGCUGGCCACGGUGAUCGAUAGCAAGGUGCUGAUUGUGCAUGGGGGGAUCUCUGACACGACAGACCUCGAAGUGAUAGAAAGGGUGGACAGACACAGAUAUGUGUCGGCCCUCAGGCCUCCAAAUACGACAAAUCAAGCUGUCAGCGGCAGCAAGGCUCCGAGCAGCAGGAACGGGGAGGCCGAUGGACCGGAGGAAGGCCGGCGUCGGGUGUACUCUAUGACUCACCACGGCUCGGCCCGGGCUCAGCGGUGCGAACUCCCGCGCCGCUCGCUCCACAACCUGCCCUUCGGCAGCAGCCACGCGAUCUGGUCAGUGGACGACGAGCUGAAGAGGAGGCGCAGGCUGGCAGGGUUCGACCAGUCCUUUUACGGAGUGAAGAACAAGUUGGAAUCUGAUUCGGACCCAGAGUCUGGAGAAGCUACGGAAACAGAUGAACGAGAGUGGAAACAAAUAGUGGACCUGUUGUGGAGCGACCCCAUGCCCCAAAAUGGCUGCACUCCCAACGAGGUGCGAGGUGGAGGCUGCUACUGGGGACCUGAUGUCACCGAGGAGGUUCUGGGAAGACACAACCUCCAGCUCCUCAUCCGCUCGCACGAGUGCAAACAGGACGGCUACGAGUUCUGCCACAACCGCCAGGUGCUGACUAUAUUUUCAGCGUCUAACUACUACGAGGUGGGCAGCAACAGAGGCGCCUAUAUCAGAAUGGGCUCUGAUCUGGUCCCUCACUUUAUUCAGUAUCAGGCCAGCAGGGCGUGCAUCGAUCUCACCCUGAGGCAAAGUGUCGGGUGGACAGAGAGAUCUGCUCUGCGAGCUCUCAGGGAACAACUGUUUGUUCACAAGUCAGAUCUCAUCAGUGCCUUCCAGGAGUUUGAUCCCAACAACACAGGGAUGAUAUCUCUAAGAAACUGGGCCAGUGCCACAGAGAGCGUACUGAAGCUGGGUCUGCCUUGGAGGGUGCUUCGUUCUCAGCUCGUCAGCAGCACCGGACACAGCAUGGUGGACUACCAGCAGUGGAUACGGGAGCUCUCCAUCACCGAGCCCAAGCUAGAGGUCUCAGACACAAGCAUCCUGGAGACUAUGUACAAAAACCACUCCAACCUGGAGACCAUCUUCCGAAUCAUCGACACAGACCACUCAGGUUUGAUCUCCUUCGAGGAGUUUCGUCAGACCUGGAAGCUCCUGAGCUCUCACCUCAAGACGGAGAUCAGCGACGAGGCCAUCGCGGACCUGGCGCAGAGCAUCGACUUCAACAAGGACGGCAGCAUCGACAUCAACGAGUUCAUGGAGGCGUUCCGCCUGGUGGACCUCUCCGCACACUCACACACAUGAUAACUGCACUACUCUAGACCACCUGCUGCACAAGCAAUACCAGCCUUGACCUAGUCCUCGGCCAUGUGACCUGCGCUGCUUCAACUCGUUCAGGGGCAACAUAGAUGUUUUCUACCUCUUAGGUUUUCGGCUUUUUUUUUACGUCAUAUGUUUUUGUAUUUUUAAGAUUACAUGUAACUUAACAACCACCUGUUCAGUGAAU